AUGGUUCAUACUUACGCGUUUAUUGAUGAUGGUUCCGAGCUGACGCUCAUAGAACACUCUCUUGCGCAAGAGCUGGGACUUCAAGGUUCUCAGAAGACGCUCUGCUUAAAGUGGACAGGUGGAACUACAAGAAUGGAGAAUGAAUCUCACAAGGUGGAUCUUGCUAUAUCUCCUACGAGAAAUACAUCUCAGAAGUAUCAUCUGACGAGUGUUCGAACUAUACAGGAGUUAAAACUACGACCACAAACUCUGAUAGCAUCCGAUGUGCAGAGUCGAUAUACCCAUCUUGCUGGCAUUCCUCUCGAAUCCUAUACCGAGGUAAGUCCGCGUAUUCUGAUCGGUUUGGAUAAUGCGCGGCUCGGACAUGCAUUCAAGAGUCGGGAAGGAAAACCAUGCGAGCCGAUAGCCGUCAAAACUCGUCUGGGAUGGAUUGUGUACGGGAACUGCUCGUCCAAACAACUCUUCGGGAGCCACAUCAAUUACCAUGCUGUACAAGUGUGCGAGUGCAACGAAGGCUCUGAUGAAAAUUUACAUGCAGCGAUGAAAACCUAUUUCACUCUUGACAGUAUGGGUAUCUUCAAGCCUGAUAAGCUACAUCUCUCUGUAGAUGACCAACGUGCUACGAAAAUUCUAGAAACGGUGACUCUUAAAGAAGGCCGCUUCGAAUCUGGUCUACUUUUCAAGUACGACACCGUGCGUCUUCCCGACAGCAAAGCGAUGGCCCUCAAAAGAUGGGAAUGUCUUGAGCGCCGAAUGAAGAAAGACGAUGUUUUGGCGAAGACAAUACGGGAAAAAAUGGCCGAGUACGUUCAGAAAGGGUACGUCCGAAAGUUGACAGAGAAGGAGUUGAAAACCCGUCGACUGUGCGAGUGGUAUCUGCCAGUAUUUCCAGUCUUUAACCCCAACAAACCGGGAAAACUUAGGUUGGUUUGGGAUGCGGCAGCAACAGUUCAAGGAAUAUCAUUGAACUCAGUCCUGCUGAAAGGGCCCGAUCACAUGGCAUCGCUUUUAUCAGUUCUGAUUCAGUUUCGGGAGUUUCGAGUUGCAGUAUGCGGGGACAUUCGUGAAAUGUUCCACCAAAUUAUGAUAAGGCGAGAAGAUCAGUAUUUUCAAUUAUUCUUCUGGAAAGAAAACGAGGAUAAUGACCCACCAGAUGUGUACAUUAUGAAAGUGAUGACGUUUGGCGCCUGCUGUUCGCCCGCGACAGCCCAGUAUGUGAUAAACAUCAACGCCAAACGAUUUGAGCACGAAUGCCCGCAAGCUGUUAACGCGAUUGUGAAAAAUCAUUACGUUGAUGACAUGCUCGCUAGCGUCGAAACAAAUGAAGAUGCUGUUAAGCUAGUACAAGACGUCAAACGCAUCCACGCCGCAGGAGGAUUCGAGAUGCGAAAUUGGCUAUCCAAUUCAUUAGCUGUCCUGGCUUCCGUUCAGGAAGAAGUGACUAACGAAAAGAACCUCGGAUUUGGCGAAGAAAACGCCACCGAAAAAGUAUUGGGACUUUGGUGGAAUACUACUGCGGACUGCUUCACUUUCAAGGUGUCCCCACGGUACAACCAGGAUCUGCUCUCUGGGCACCGACGACCCACUAAACGCGAGGUGCUCCGAACACUCAUGAUGAUGUUCGAUCCAUUGGGCUUUAUUGCACACUUUCUCAUGUACCUAAAAGUACUUCUGCAGGAGAUUUGGAGAUCCUCGAUUGACUGGGACACCCACAUCGAAGAACCACAAUUCCAAAAGUGGCUAAUUUGGUUAAAGGUUUUACCAGAGGUGAACAAUGUCAAAAUUCCAAGGUGUUAUAGAGUAUCCGUAUCAUUAAACAGCAAGGUCCAGAUGCACACGUUCGUCGAUGCGAGCGAGAACGGAUUCGCCGCCGUUAUAUAUCUCAGGUUCGAAGAAGGAGACGUCAUUGAAACCGCCUUUGUCAGCGCCAAAACACGGGUUGCUCCACUGAAGUUCCUCUCCAUACCACGCUCAGAGCUGCAAUCCAGUAUUCUAGGAGUUCGCUUAGCGAACAGCGUUGCACAGUCAUUAUCCGCUAGGUUGUCCGAGCGUUAUUUUUGGACCGAUUCGAGAGACGUUCUCUGUUGGAUAAACUCCGAUCAUCGACGAUACAGCCAGUUCGUAGCAUUCCGUGUAAGUGAGAUACUGGAAACAUCAGACGCGAAAGAGUGGCGGUGGGUUCCAACAAAUCAGAACGUGGCUGAUGAAGGCACCAAAUGGUCGCGCCAACCGGAUCUCAGUGCAUCCAGUCGCUGGUUUCAAGGACCGGAAUUCCUUCGAAAACCUAAGGCCUAUUGGCGGCUGCCCCACAGUAUGGGGUGA